GAAAGAGGAGGCGAGAGACUGCGUUCAGCACUCGUGUGUGUGUGUGUGUGUGUGUGUGAGGGAGUGUACGGCAUAGGAAUAAUCGCAGAGAUCCUGUUCUGCGGGACUGGUGGGCUUCUGCUGACUGAAGAGCACAGAAGGGGCUCGAUGGACUGGACCGGCUGAUGCUCAGACCUCUGAACCCUGAAGCAAAUACAGACGGAUAAAGUGAGAUAGAUAGAGAGGCUAUCGGACGCAGAGGCUGAGGUAGAAGGAGAAAGAAGCAUCGUGGAGAAAGGGAACUCGAUUUUAAGAAAAGAAACGUACAAAAGGUUUGCCACAAAAUGAGAAGCAGCAUGAGGGACAGGUUGAAGAGAUGAUGCGUUGGUUCAGAACAGAAGAUCGAAACCUUGAUUAGCAAAGCAAUGCAAUCAUCUGUGUAUUAAAAAGCGUGUCAGUUCUGUUUUCAUCUGUCCAGUCGUCCUGUCUGGGAAACCUUCAGCUGGUUUGGAGGUCAAGGAAAUACUGGAUAUUUGGCGUGAGUGGGACGCCUCCUGGUUUCUCCAUCAGACCAGUCUGAAGCUUCCAGCUGUGCCAAGGCUCGAUUGGACAUGUUGAAACGAGUCUGGUCCGAUGUAUGUUUGUGGUAAGGCAUCUUUGCCAAUCAAGCGGCGUUACAGCACCGGUGUCAUUGAUCCAGCAAGGUCCAGUGAGUAUUAAUCACAUUGCAGGAAAUGAAUGAAGUGUGUCUGGAAGAUAUUGAAUCAGUGAUUAAACACUGAGGACCGUGGGUGGACCUUUUGUUGGACUUUGAGCCUCGAAUGUCCUCACCUUGUAACAUUUGGCUUGUGGACUGUUGCUUCUUGUCAAGUUCCUGUUUUAAAAAAUGCGAACUCCUUUUGAUAAAAACAAACAAAUAAUGUCCAUUAUUUAAGGACAGCGGACUUGUGCUUUCCCACUUGCUAGUUUAUCACGUUUACUACUUUGUGACUUGUCUUGUAAAAGUGGGGAUCAUCUGGCCCGUGGGGGUCCGGGCUCCGGCCCCGGCCCCCAACCCAAAGAUGCGGCGCUCGAGUACAGACGAGACCCCGUACCGCCGCAGUCCCUCUCUGGACAGCAAACCGGGCUCUCCUCCUCUGCGCUACAGCGGGGAGUACGAGUACCACAGCUCACCCUUCAUCUUUGGCAUUCGCACCACCCCAGGGUCGCAGAAAGCGAAAGCCAGCUACGCCACAGCACAGGGCAGAAAGUAUGUGGUGUUUUACCUGGACCUGUCCUUCAUCUUCCUCCUAGAGCUGCGGCGCUGCAGGAUGGCCGAGGGAUGCCUGAGGGCCCUGAGAUAUGGCAUGGUGUUCUUCAAUCUGCUCUUCUGGCUGGGUGGCUGUGGGAUUCUCGGAGUAGGAGUUUGGCUUUCCAUCACCCAGGGAAACUUCGCCACCCUCUCAUCCUCCCUUCCGUCGCUCUCGGCCGCUAAUCUGCUCAUCGCUGCAGGAAGCAUCAUCAUGGUGAUUGGCUGUCUGGGGUGUGUGGGAGCGGUCAAAGAGAACCGUCCGUUACUCCUGAGCUUCUUCAUUCUGUUGCUCCUGAUAUUGUUGUUGGAGAUUCUGUUCAUGAUUCUGUUCUUCGCAUAUCAAGAUCAGAUUGAUCUGUAUGCGCAGAGUGACCUGAAGAAGGGGCUCCAGCUGUUCGGGACAGAGGGCAACAUCGGCCUGACCAACGCCUGGAGCAUCGUCCAAACCGACUUUCGCUGCUGUGGAGUGACCAAUCACACGGACUGGUUUCACGUGUACAACGCCACGCGUGUGCCGGACUCCUGCUGUCUGGAGUACAGCGAUAACUGCGGCCUGGAGAAUCCCGGCACCUGGUGGACGGCUCCGUGUUACGAGCGUGUGAAGGGGUGGCUGCAGGAUAAUCUGGUGGCGCUGUGGAUCUUUGCGCUCUGCACAGCUCUGACACAGAUCCUGGGCCUCGUGUUCUCCAUGACCAUGUUCUGCCAUGCGGUGAAAGCGGACACGUUCUACGCAUAGAGAACCGUUCCAGCCGUUCUGCUUCGUCUUCACACACGUCACUCUCUAUCGCUGUAGCAAUCAAGCCUAACAUUUUGCUAACACACACUGAUAUUUGUAACAUGAUUUUAUAAUUCAAUUCAACUAAAAAAAAAGGGGGAAAAAAAUACAAAUGGCAAAAAAUGAAAAAAAAUUACUGGACAAUUUUCCGUCUGUGAAGAAAAAAUAGCAAUGUUAAACAGAAACUAGUAACUAAUGUCAUCAUUUUAUAUUUCUAUAAUUUCAUAUUAAUAUGAAUGAAAUGAACAACAGCAAUUUUCAUUUAGUCAGAAUGGGUCCUCAAUAAAUGUAAAACGCAAGACAUUAAGAUCACGUUGUUUAUUCAGUUCUUGUGUAGAAAGCAGGAGCUCUUAUCCUGUCAAACAGAAGCUGAAGUGUGUCCUGCGUGCAGCUCUAGAGAGUCAUCAAACUCUAUUAAACAUGUCUGAUAUUAAGGCAUUAGAAUUAUUCACGGAGCUGAUAAAACACCUAUAAUCAUUCACGUUUACUCAUCCCUUUCCUUAAGAAUGGUUUCAAGGCUGAAAUAUGAGAGUUAUCAUUUUAUCUAGCGUUUUGUCAAUACUUCAUUUGAACAUGUAACUCAUGUUAGUAACAUUACGUUGUAACACUAGUUCAUUUAAAGUCCGGCCAUCACUGUUAAUGUUAUCAAUCAUUUCUGCUGUUGUUGCAUUUAUUAAAAAAUUAACAACUGA